CACGCCCUCACACACCGACACGGGAGAGAGGAGUCCAGCGUGAGAAGAUGCAGGAAUCUUUAUUCGCCCAAAAACUCGCCGACAAUGAUAAGAAAAAUAGAGAUAAAGCCAUUAAAACGCUUAGGAAAUAUUUCUCUGCGAAAUCUACCACGAAAAGAAGGGGUUUCUCUCAUGAUGAGAUGAUGAAAAUAUGGAAAGGUCUAUUCUACUGUAUGUAUAUGGCAGACAAACCACUCGUUCAGGAGGACCUGGCAGAAAGUAUAAGUGCAUUGAUACACAGGCUUGGAAAUGUAGAGGACCGCCAUAAUUUUGCAAAGUGUGCAUUCCUAACACUGGCCCGUGAGUGGAAUAAUAUUGACAUAUUCCGUAUGGAUAAAUUUAUGAUGUUUGUAAGACGAAUCCUGAGACAAAUAUUGGUGCAACUUAGUUUAUGCAACUGGAAUGUAAACCGUGUCUCAGAGAUCUCAAAUAUCAUUGGGACAACAGUUCUUGUGCCAGAUGACCAUAAACACAUCACACCUCUAGGGCUGAAAUUGCAUCUAUCAGACAUCAUCUUGGAGGAGCUAGCCAAGAUAGGUCGUGAAGAUAUCAAAAAUAAGGCUUUGCUUGAAUUUUUAAAACCUUUUAUAAAGGUCUUAGCCCUGACAAAGGAUAAACGUUACUUUGAGAGGGUGUCAGAAAGAAUCAUCCGCCAGCUUAUGCGUCAGAGUGAUGAAGGAAUAGAAUAUGAAGCAAGUGAUGAUGAAGAUGCUGAUGAAGAUAGUGAAACAGGGUAUGAAAGUGACCUGGCAGAGAAGGAGAAUGACGAAGAAGAGAGAGAAGAUGAGGGCCAGAUGGAAGAGGAAGAAGAUGAGCCAGAUGAGGAUGAGGAUGAGGACGAAGUGCUCGACCCAAGGGCAGGGGACGUGGAUGUGCUUCUGCCACAGCUCCAGGUUGACUUUGACUCCUUAGCUGAUGCCAUCCAGAGCGUGGCAAGUGUCCCAAACGUUAGUGCAAGCAACCGUGACAAAAUGUACAAACUGGUGAAUGAGCUUCGAGACUUGGCUCAGGGCUUUUAUCCUUUGGCUGAUAAUUUCCCUAUGGUUGACAAAAAUGGUGACAUUGAAGGCAUCUCUGAACAUCAGAUUGAUGAAGCUGUUGAAAGGAUGAGGAACUAUGAUGGGGAUGGACAUGACCCACUAUUUGACAAAAAAGAAGCUAGAUUAAACCGUUUAAAGGAACGAAGACGCAAGAUAAGGAAGUUGAAGAAAGAAGCGGAAAAGAAGAGAAAAAAAAUUCUUAAGAAAAAGCUGAACAGCAUAAUGGAAGGAAAGGAAAAUAAAAAGCAUCUGGACAAUAAUCGCAUUAUGCUUGAAGCCAGGAAGCAGCAGAUCAUUGAAAAGAAAUUAGAAAGACUAACUACAUCAUCAAAAAAACAAAAGAAGAGCAGUCCACUUUUGGUAAAUGGGUUAGACAUCGAGGUAAACAAUAAAAGAAAGGCAAAAAUUCAUGGGGGGUUCCAGGUUUCAGAGCUGCCAUCUGCCCAGAAAUCAGUUAAGUCAUUAAAGUCCAGCGGAGACGUGGAGACGCUAAACAGCAAGCGAAAAGGCAAGAAACGGAAAGGGGAGUUUGCAGAGCAGGUGAUAAAGACAAAGAAGAUGGCAUUCCAAGUUUCUGACAUUUCCACUUCACCAGGAAAGGCUGACACAAAAUGUCAAACACAGUUUGAAGUUACAGAUAUCUCCCCCAAAAUGGACUUGACGAAUUUAAGAAAUGCAGACAAGAAUAACUCCAAGCUUGUGGCUGUUGCUCCUCUGGUCCCAAACAUAACAACUGAACCAGAACUGAAUGGGAUAGCAAGACCAAAGAAGAAUGAGCUGCAAGAAUCUACAAAGAAGACCAAGGUACAGCAUUUAGGGAAACUGAGUGGGAAGGGCAAGGCAGUAUCACAAGCAAAAGCGCCUAUGCAAAAUGGUGCAGUUUCCAUCAAAGCUACAGGAACUUUGAAGGCAGGUGAGGGGAAAGAUGAAGGGGAGAAAGGAGAAAAGCAAAUACCCACAUCGAAUACCACAGAUGAUGGGAAAAAGAAGGGCUCUUCAAUGAAGUCUGCCAAAAAGGCAAAGAAGUCAGCCUGGGAUGAACCUUUGAAAGAGGGAGAAGUUGAAGUCUUCAUCAAGAGCCGAAAGGAAAUUGCCAAAACAAAGAAAAACAAAAGUAAGAUGAUCAGGCUUGGUGGUCUAGAGAGCCCUCACAACUUUGGCGAAAAGAGCAUCAAAAUCAACCUAAGGCACAACCAGGAGCACGAGUACAGUGAUUAUGCCCGCACCUUAAAGGACAGCCCUAAUAUACCCUACAACGCCAACAAGUUACCCAAAGCUCCUGUCCUGAAGCCUUCGCCCUCGCCUAUUCUCAUCAAGAAAUCUGCUGCCAAGACACUGAAAUCCAUUGCUUCAUUGACAACUCCCACAAAAAGGCAAAAAGCGCAAGACUUUUUCUAGCCAAGUGGAGAUUGGCAUGACAUGAAUUUAGCAGAAUGUUGUUUUUUUCUAUUUUCAAUAUAGAAUUACUUUUUUUUACAAGGGGAGUAGUUGUUUUUAUAAUUAUAAUUGUAUUUUCAUUAUUCUUUUUUUUUUUAAUGCUGGAAUCCAGUUUUGUUGCAAAUUAGAAAUUGUAUGUAUGUACUUGUCAGUAAAUGAAAAAAAAAUUGUUAUAAAUAGUAAGAAACUAUUUAAUAAUUGUAUAAUUUUUCAAAAUGAAUAAAACAAGAAAUUAA